AUGUCGACACGAUUGGAGACCACGUAUAUCAACUCAUCGGCCUAUGGUUUCUGUGUGUUCCUAGCAGAACGAUUACCAGAUCUAAAGUCACACCUCUUGGAAGUAGCAGCAGCUUUUGGAAUGGAUCAGCUUCGUGGAACAAUUCUGUUGUCAACGGAAGGAGUGAAUGUUCGUCUCUCUGGAACUUUAGAGGCCGUCGAGGCCAUGAAAGUUGCAAUCGUUGGUCUUUCAUCUGAAAUGUGUGGACUUGAGUUUAAGGAUUCAUAUUCUGAGCGUAUGACGUUGCCGAGGAUGCUUGUGAGGAUCAAGAAAGAGGUGAUUUCAAUGGGACUGACAAAGGUUAAUCCUGCAGUGGAUGGACUAGCAGCACACAUUUCCGCGGAAGAGUUCAAAACAUGGAUCGAUGACGGCAAAGACAUGCUGAUUUUGGACACCAGAAAUGACUACGAGGUUCGCUUAGGCACGUUUAAAGAUGCAGUGGACCUGGACAUUAAAACCUUCCGUGCGUUUCCUGACCAAGCUCGGACGCAACUACAACAGGUACCUAAGGAGAAACCUGUCGUGAUGUUUUGCACUGGCGGUGUGCGAUGUGAGAAGGCGUCGUAUGCAUUGUUAAAUGAAGGCCACAAGGAGGUUUACCAGCUAGAUGGAGGUAUUCUCAAGUACUUUGAAAAGGUGGGAGGCGCACACUUCAAGGGCGACUGCUUUAUCUUCGACGACCGUGUGGCUCUUAAGCCAGAUCUCACCGAAGCAGCAGUUGUAUGCUGCUUUAUCUGCCGCAAUCCAUUGACUAAAGAGGAACAAUCUUCACCAGACUACGUGGUCAACAAGCAUUGUUCGUACUGCAAAAAAAGGUAA